GAUUUUCAUCUCUCUUUCUCUCCACUGCACCAACACCAACAAAACAUCCAUUCUCAUAUUCCAAAUUCAUACCUGGCCAUUUUCUCCACUAUACAUGUCUUCCCAAAUUGAUCAAGAUCUUCAUCAUGGUUCUUCUUCAUCAAACUCACAACCUCCUUCCAAAUCCAAUCAUCAUGAUCAUCAUCAACAACAACCACUAAGCAGGUACGAGUCUCAAAAACGUCGAGAUUGGAACACCUUUGGUCAAUACCUCAAGACUCAAAAUCCACCAGUUCCACUAUCAAACUGCAACUUCAACCAUGUUCUUGAUUUCCUUCGUUACCUUGAUCAAUUUGGAAAGACAAAAGUCCAUUCACAAGAUUGCAUCUUCUUUGGACAACCUACCCCACCUGCACCUUGUGCUUGUCCUCUCAAACAAGCUUGGGGAAGUCUCGAUGCACUCAUCGGACGCCUCCGAGCUGCCUAUGAAGAGAACGGUGGUUCACCGGAGACUAACCCGUUUGCCGGAGGAUCUAUUCGGGUUUACCUUAGGGAGGUGAAGGAUAGUCAACAAAAAGCAAGAGGGAUUCCAUAUAAGAAGAAAAAAAAGAAGAAGAAAAGUUACCAAAUUAAGGGGAGUAGUAGUAAUACUACUCAAACUCAACAAAGUGCCUAUGUCAACCAACAAGAUUCUUGAGACUACAUAUAUAUAGUAUGGGCCAUACGAACGAGUUAGCUGGACACACAGAUUUGGCAUUUUGAAAGACAUGUAGUAAAAGUAGUAUCAUCUCUAUGGAAUACAGUUAUUAUAAAACAUCACAAUGUGAUAUUCAACAAGUAUAUUCGAUCAGAAUUAUGAAUAGUUGUUGUUAAGCAAAUUAAUUUCGGUGAAUCUUAAAUAUAUGUAAGAGACGUGUAAACUUUUUUAAGAGAAUUCUUUGUUAAGAGUCCCA